AUGGCUCAACUUACAGGCUGCAAGCUGCCCUCGGGCUACGUCGCCGUGCGCGAUAUUCUUGACGGCAAGUUCGCCGUGGGAUCCAGAGUCAGCGUUGUUGGACUCGUGACAGACUUCAGGGCCCCGAUUCCAACCAGAGGAACAGAUUGGAAAUGCCAGAUGCGAUUCUACGAUCAGUCCGUCGAGGACGACGACAACGAGUCGCUUCUGGUGAAUAUCUUCCGGCCCGAGAGCGACAUGCCCGAUGCGAGCUGCGGUGACGUAGUUGCCAUUCUCGCUGCCAAAGUGCAAAGGUUUCGCUCCGAGUACUUUUCCUUGUGCACUCACCUUGCCACUGUGAUCCAUGUCUACGAGACCAGUAAGAUUCCCAAACCUCCAAGGGACGCGACCUCUGCCUUGCGCCCGUCCAACGCGAAAGAGGCGCCAAGUCGAGCUCAGGGCGAGUUCGUCUCUGUCCUCCAUGACUCCAUCAACAAGACCAGACUUCCUUCCGAUUCGCGGUUUGAAUCCAUGAAGGAAAUGUCCGUCAAUGUCAACAAAAAGCUCUGCGCGCUUCAAGACGUGUGGGAUGGUAGAUUCGCCGAUGUCAUCGCGCAAAUCGUCAGGGAUCCGUACGACUUGGUCGACAAAAUAUGUCUUUGGAUAUCCGACUACACGGAGAACCCGUCCUUCUUUCACUUUUCGUACACAGGCAACGACGGCCAAACAGGAGAUCCUUAUGGCUACGGGGCCAAUUUCUCGGAUGGCACAAAGAACGAGUGGGCAGGUCCAUUUGGGAAGCGAAGCAUGCAAGUGACAUGCUUCGAUCCGCAUGCCUCAGUAAUUCGCAGUAGCGGCCUAUCCAAUGGAUCGUGGAUACUUUUGCGCAAUUUGCAAAUCAAAUUGGGGCGCAACGGCUCAAACCUAGAAGGCUACCUGCGGGAGGAUCGCUCAGCUCAGGGGCCCAAGAUCAAUGUGACGCGCCUAGACCCGACUCAAGAUCCCGAAGGGAUCAGUCCGCUGUUCAAGGAUGCGAUUCGUCGCAAGCGAGACUACGAAAGGAGUAAAAAGGAUCAGCUCAAGGAGAUCACCGAGGCAGCCCUGGCAGGACAGAAACGGAGAGCCGACAUGGGACCGGAUAGCGAGCCAAAGAAAAGAAAAAAGAACAAAAACAAGAGGAAGAAGAAGCGCCAGAACUCGGACGCAUUACAGGGGGCGCAGGAGGGAGAGCCAGAAGGCACCCUCGUCUCGGUGCCAGACAUGAACACGCAAGUGAAAUGCGAAAACGAGAACAAGCCUCUGAGCCUCAUCGCGGAUAUCUUGGAGCCCGUGCAUCAUGAAACGACCGUUGACGGGGAGGCUGUCAAGCUACAACUACCAUUCGUCAACGCCAAGUACCGCAGCAACGUGCGUGUGGUCGACUUCAUGCCCUCCCACUUAGAGGACUUUUCCCGCCCCAGGAAGGUCUCGGAGUACGACAGCCUCUCAGACCACGAGUCCGAGUCCGAGUCGGAAGCAGAGGCGACGACCUCGGCGGCCACCACGGCCUGGGAAUGGCGCUUCUACCUGGAACUGGAGGAUGCAGUUGUCAGGCCCGGACAGCAGAAGAAGAGGUUCUGGGUCCUUGUGGACAACCAGGCCGCGCAGUGCCUGAUGGACUUGGACGCCUCAGACCUAAGGCGCAACCACGAAGACCUCGAGGCGCUGCGCAGCCGGCUGUUCAUCUUGUGGGGAGAGCUCGAGGAGCACAAAGCGCGAGCGGAGAAGCUAGCUGCAGAGAGCACCCAUAACCGGCCUCCGGACGACAGCGACGACGACAAGCGCCGGGCUGCCAAGACGACGCGGACCUCAGCGAACCGCCCCUUUUCGUGCUGCAUCCGCCAGUACGGCGUCAAGAUGGCCGAGCCCGACAGGCGGAAGGCCGAUGCAGGCGACGGGAGGCGGUGGCAGAGGAUGUUUGGGUUGUUUGGCACCCGGGUGGCGACGAUGUAA